GAAGUAGACAAAGAGCAAAAAACUCCAUCAUAUUUUGCUCAUUCGUUAGAACACCGUCCGAUUGUGAACACACGGGAUACAGCUCAAGAAAAAAAAAGCAAAAUUAGUUAAAGUUAUUAAUAAUUAGCAUAUUAGUUUUGAAGUGAAACCUAUUCAAUCCGAAUUCGGUGCCCAUAUUUCAAUAACUGCUGCGCAGUUGAUUCGCUUCCAAGGCAACGCAACACAAAGCGGAAAAGCAAAAUGUCGGAGCUUCAUUUCGAUGAGUACGAAAGAUACAAUUUCGAGUUCGACAAGCACAUGUUCUCGGGGCACUCGGGGAAGCAACGAUCCAAGAAGGAAGCAAGCGAACACACCAACCAUUACGAUCCCAGUGGCCAUUCCCGGAAGAUAACGACCAAGCUGCGGAACACCGAGCAAAAUCGGAAGGAAAAGCCCAAGAACUGAGCUCUCGACUGCCAUGGCCUGGCCAACUGGAAUCUGAUCUACUUUCAUUUGUGAUGAUUUUGUGCUUACUGAAUAAUGCUUGAGGAAUAAUUUAAAUAUACAAGUACUGAUUUUCAAAAAAUGUGGUCA